AUGUCUGGAAGGGGCGCAAAACCAGAUCUUUCUGGAUACAACUAUGGGGCUAUUUCGUCUCUAGUUCUCACAACCGACAGGUCGGCUUUACCUAGACGAGACAAAGAGCCAGAUGGCGCGCCAGUUUCUCUUGCAGGCAGGAUCGACCCGAAAGACAUGGGCUCGCGGGUCGUCCGACAAGCACCCAAAGACCUCGACAAGAAGAAGAAAAAGGCAGUGGAGGCGGUUGACCCGUCCGAGAAGCUCGCCGCAAAGCGCAGGGCCGAGGCAGCUGGCUUUGGAUAUGCCGACAUCAUAGAGGCCACCCAGGACGUCGAGGGUCUGACAUAUCGACCGCGCACGGCCGAAACUCGUCAGGUCUACGAGCAUAUUCUGUCGUCGGUCCAUACAGCGCUCGGUGGCCAGGCCCAGGACAUCGUGCGGAGUGCUGCCGACACUGUACUCGAGACUCUCAAAAAUGACGCGAUGAAGGAUUUCGACAAGAAGAAGGAGAUUGAAGAGGUACUCGGGCCAGUCACCAGCGAAUCCUUUAGUCAACUCGUCAGCCUUUCCAAGAAGAUCACGGACUAUAAUGCCGACGACGAGACCAUGGCAGACCCUGACGCGGAGCGCAAGGAAGCAGAGAUUGAUGAAGAGGGUGGUGUUGCAGUCGUUUUCGACGAAGAGGAGCAGGAUGAGGAGGAUGACGAAGGGUAUGAGAUUCGGGAAGAUUCCUCCGAUGAGGACGAGGACGAUGAGGAGGAGAAGCCUGAGGGGGACGCCGAAGCAGAAGUCAGGGAGGAAGACAUGGUCAUUGGUGGCGAAGGUUCGAAAAAUGGCAAAGUCAAAACCGACAAAGAUGUCGUAUCCCCGCACUCUAUCGAUGGCUUCUGGGUCCAGCGACAAAUCUCAGAAGUAUAUCCCGACCCUGUCACCGCUGCCGACAAGGCUGCUUCCGUCCUCAGCAUCCUCGGUUCAGAGUCCAGCGCCCGCGACUGCGAAAAUCAACUUAUGGAGCUCUUCGAUUACCAAAGUUUCCAUAUCACCGCAAAGUUCCUCAAGAACCGUGACGUCGUCGUAUGGUGCACCAAACUCAUGCGAAGUGAUGCCGAAGAGAGAGUUAAUGUCGAGGUCGCCAUGCGCGAAAAGGGUCUGGGUUGGAUUCUCCGCGAACUUGCUGGUGACCGUCAGGUAAAGAGCGAGAAGAGGUCAGAUGCUAUGGAAGUCGACGAACCCAAACCAGAGGUCCCCAAAACAGCCACUCUCGCACCAGGGUCAACCGUUCAACCUAAACGCACCGUCGAUCUCGAAAGUAUGGCGUUUGCCCAGGGUGGCCAUCUGAUGUCCAACAAGAAGUGUAAACUUCCUGAUGGCUCUUUCAAGCGCGCGAAGAAGGGAUACGAGGAGAUUCAUGUACCUGCCCCAAAACAGAAGCCCGUGACCGAAGGCGAAUUGGUGGCCAUCUCCAGUAUGCCAGCGUGGGCCCGCGAGGCCUUUACUGUCCCCAAGCUCAAUCGUGUCCAGAGCAAGCUUUAUCCCAUCGCUUUCGGUACUGAUGAACCCAUCUUACUUUGUGCGCCUACUGGUGCCGGCAAGACAAAUGUGGCUAUGCUUACGAUCCUCAAUGAGCUCUCAAAACAUCGCAACGAACAGACCGGUGAAUUCGACCUGGAUGCCUUCAAAAUGGUUUACAUUGCCCCUAUGAAGGCCCUCGUUCAGGAGAUGGUCGGCAAUUUCACGGCUAGGUUGAAGGUAUUCGGAAUCAAGGUCGGCGAACUUACGGGAGACUCUCAAAUGACGAAACAGCAAAUUGCGGAAACCCAGCUUAUUGUUACUACUCCUGAGAAGUGGGACGUCAUUACUCGCAAGCAGACGGAUACGAGUUACACUAACCUCGUUCGACUCAUCAUUAUCGAUGAAAUUCAUUUGCUGCACGACGAACGUGGCCCUGUGUUGGAAAGUAUCAUUUCGAGGACCAUCCGGAGAAUGGAGCAGACUUCUGAGUAUGUCCGGUUGGUUGGUCUUUCCGCGACAUUGCCCAACUACGAAGACGUUGCAACGUUCCUGCGAGUCGACGAAAAGAAGGGACUGUUCUACUUCGACGCGUCAUACAGGCCUUGUGGGCUUCAACAGCAAUUUAUUGGUAUCACGGAGAAGAAAGCCAUUAAACGCUACCAGAUCAUGAACGAGGUCUGCUACGAGAAGGUUCUUGACCAAGCCGGGAAGAACCAAACGCUCGUGUUCGUGCACUCGCGCAAAGAGACCGCAAAGACCGCCAAGUUCUUGCGCGACAUGGCCAUCGAGAAGGAGACCAUUACGCAAUUCGUGAAGCCCGACGGCGCAGUGCGAGAGAUUCUCACGGAAGAGGCAAAUAACGUCAAAGACGCGAACCUGCGCGAUCUGCUGCCCUUUGGCUUCGCCAUCCAUCAUGCCGGUAUGACGCGCGAGGAUCGUGGUGUUGUCGAGGAACUGUUUGCGGAUGGUUCGGUCCAGGUGCUCGUGUGUACUGCGACGCUCGCGUGGGGUGUCAAUUUGCCUGCACACACGGUUAUUAUCAAGGGCACGCAGAUAUAUAAUCCGGAGAAGGGUCGUUGGGUCGAACUUUCGUCGCAGGACGUCUUGCAGAUGCUUGGGCGUGCAGGACGGCCGCAAUAUGAUACAUAUGGAGAGGGUAUCAUCAUAACUAACCACACGGAGUUGCAGUACUACCUGAGCUUGCUGAACCAACAGCUUCCUAUCGAAUCUCAGUUUGUCUCCAAAUUGGCAGACAACCUUAAUGCGGAGAUUGUGUUGGGUACUGUCCGGAACCGGGACGAAGCAGUGCAGUGGUUGGGCUACACAUAUUUAUAUGUCCGCAUGCUCAAGUCGCCAGCUCUGUAUGGUGUUGGCGCCGACUACCAAGAAGACGACGAAGGUCUCAUUCAAAAGCGGGCGGAUAUCGCACACUCUGCUGCGGUUCUCCUCGAGAAGUGCCAACUCAUCAAAUACGAGCGCUCGACAGGCCGUUUCACCAGCACAGAGCUAGGCAGAAUUGCAUCGCAUUAUUAUGUCACAUACAACUCGAUGAUGGUGUACAACCAGCAUUUGAAGCCUACAAUGUCGACUUUGGAACUCUUCCGCGUUUUCGCAUUGUCGAAUGAGUUCAAGUUGUUGCCUGUUCGUCAAGAGGAGAAACUUGAACUUGCCAAGUUGCUUGAGCGAGUUCCUAUACCCGUGAAAGAGAGUGUCGAGGAGCCUGCUGCUAAGAUCAAUGUGCUACUUCAGGCGUACAUCUCCCAGCUGAAGUUGGACGGCUUUGUUCUGGUGGCCGACAUGGUAUUCGUUCAGCAAUCCGCCGGCCGUAUUUUGCGUGCAAUGUUCGAGAUCUGCCUCAAACGCGGAUGGGCUGUCCCAGCAAAAGCCGCCCUUGAUAUGUGCAAGAUGGUAGAAAAGCGAAUGUGGGGUUCUAUGACGCCUCUUCGACAGUUCAAGGGUGUGCCUUCGGAAGUCAUUCGUAAAGCUGAAGGAAAACAAUUCCCUUGGUAUCGUUACUUUGAUCUCACACCGCCGGAAAUUGGCGAGCUUAUCGGUAUCCCAAACGCGGGUCGACUUGUUCACCGUCUUGUCCAUAACUUCCCCAAACUUCAGCUCCAAGCUCAAGUACAACCAAUUACUCGUUCUCUCCUCCGCAUUGACCUGUCCAUCGUUCCUGACUUCCGAUGGGAUGAGAAAAUUCAUGGAUCGGCUGAAACAUUCCUCAUCCUCGUCGAAGAUGUGGACGGAGAAGUGAUUCUUUUCCAUGACAACUUCGUGCUUCGCCAGCGGUAUGCUGAAGACGAGCACAACGUCUCCAUCACAGUACCCAUGUUUGAACCUGUUCCCCCUAACUAUUACAUUUCCGUCAUUUCCGACCGAUGGCUUCACGCCGAAACACGCCUGCCCAUCUCCUUCAAGCACCUGAUUCUUCCCAAGAAAUUCCCGAAACCAACCCCACUUCUUGACCUGCAGAGUCUUCCUUUGUCCGCGCUGCACAACAAGGAGUUUGAAGCGCUUUAUGCCAAUUCAAUUCAAACCUUUAACAAAAUCCAGACGCAAGUCUUCCAAGCCCUGUAUACCUCUGAUGAGAAUGUCUUUAUUGGUGCACCUACCGGUAGCGGCAAGACGAUAUGCGCCGAGUUCGCCCUACUUCGGCUGUGGAGCAAAAAGGAACAAAGUCGAGCGGUUUGCAUCGAACCGUAUCAGGAUAUGGUGGAACUCAGGGUCAAGGAGUGGAAGGCGAAAUUUCAGAACCUCCAGGGCGGUAAGGAGAUUGUCAGUCUCACUGGAGAGACAAGUGCAGAUCUGCGGCUGCUGGAAAUGGGCGACCUGAUUAUCUGUACGCCGACCCAGUGGGAUAUGAUUUCGCGUAGAUGGAGACAGCGCAAGGCCGUCCAGAAUCUCGGUCUUUUGAUCGCUGAUGAAAUCCAGAUGGUCGGAGGAUACGAUGGCCCAAUUUACGAAGUUGUCAUUUCGCGCACUCGUUAUGUUGAGCGACAGACAGGGCACAAGACUCGCAUUGUCGCAUGUGGGGUUUCUCUUGCAAACGCGGAGGAUUUGGGUAAAUGGAUGGGAGCGUCUGAACAUACUAUCUUCAACUUCUCUCCUAGCGCUCGCCCUCUCGACAUGGCCAUUCAUAUUCAAUCUUUCACCAUUAAUCAUUUCCCGUCCUUGAUGAUCGCCAUGUCAAAACCUGCGUAUCUCGCCAUCAAAGAACACUCACCCUCCAAACCAGUCAUCAUCUUUGUUCCUUCAAGACGACAGUGCCAGUUAACUGUCGAUGAUAUCCUGACGCACUGCUCUGCCGAUGACCAACCCGAUCUUUUCCUGAACAUCGAGCUCGAAGACCUGCAGCCACAUCUUGACCAUAUCACCGAUAAGGGCCUUGUGGAGACCCUGAAACACGGUAUUGGUUACUAUCACGAAGCCCUCGACAAGCAGGACAAACGCAUCGUACAACGCCUUUUCGAGUCGGGUGCAAUCCAAGUUCUUGUGGCCUCAAAGGAUACCGCCUGGAGUUUACCUGUUGCCAGCUACAUGGUCAUCAUCAUGGGUGUUCAGUCCUACGAGGGCAAAGAGCAUCGUUAUAUCGACUAUCCCGUCAUGGACGUCCUCCAAAUGAUGGGUAAAGCAUGCCGGCCACUGCAAGACGAGAAUAGCAGAUGUGUACUCAUGUGCCAACAGACUCGCAAGGAGUUCUUUAAGAAGUUCUUGUCAGAGGGUUUGCCUAUCGAGUCGCAUUUGCCAACAGGAUAUCUUCACGAUUAUUUCCUCGCUGAGAUUGCAGUCAAGACCAUCGAGAACAAACAGGAUGCCAUGGACGUUCUUACUUGGACAUAUUUCUACAAGCGAAUGCUUGAAAAUCCCAACUACUAUAAUCUUCACAACACAAGUCAUCAACACGUCUCGGACCAUCUAUCUGAGUUGGUGGAAACAACGCUGAAUGACCUCGUCAAUUCGAAAUGUAUUGCCAUUGAGGACGAAAUGGAUGUGUCUGCUCUCAAUCUGGGCAUGAUCGCAGCCUAUUACAACAUUUCAUACGUGACUGUCGAGGUCUACACGCUGUCGUUGAAAGAGAGAACAAAACUCAAGGGUCUGCUCGAAGUUGUUUCAUCUUCAGCAGAAUUCGAGACCAUUCCCAUCCGCCGUCACGAAGAAUCUCUGUUACGUCGUAUUUAUGACCGCGUGCCUGUCAAGUUGGAUCAAGUCGACUUUGAGGCACCUCACUUCAAGACCUUCUUGCUUCUCCAGGCUCACUUCUCCCGACUACAACUCCCUCCAGAUCUUGCGGCAGAUCAGGUCCUUGUUCUUGAGAAAGUUCUCAACCUCUUAUCAGCGUGUGUUGAUGUCAUGUCCUCGAACGCAUGGCUGAAUGCGCUUGGUGCCAUGGAUCUUUCGCAAAUGUGUGUUCAAGCGAUGUGGGAAACAGAUUCCCCAUUGAAACAGAUUCCUCACUUCGAGCCAGAGGUUAUCAAACGCUGUAAGGAAGCUGGCAUCGAAUCUGUCUACGAUGUUAUGGAGAUGGAAGAUGAAGACCGAACUAAACUGCUGCAGAUGACCCCGGUACAGAUGCGGGAUGUUGCUACAUUUGUGAACUCGUACCCGACACUAGACGUCUCUCAAGAGCUGGUGAAAGGGGAGUAUACUGCCGGUUCCUCCAUCUUCCUCAAGGUUACAUUGGCACGUGACGUCGAUGAAGACGAUGAUCAGACUGAUCAAAGUGUCGUGGCCCCCUUCUAUCCUUCAAAGAAGUUGGCCAACUGGUGGCUUGUAGUUGGUGACUCCGCCAGUCGUCAGCUGUUGGUUAUCAAGCGUGUUACUGUCACGAAGAGCCUGGCUGUCAAAUUGGAGUUUUCUCUUCCUAAAGGAACGCACAAAUUGAAGCUUUACGUCAUCUGCGAUUCAUAUGUUGGAGCCGAUCAUGACAUUGCUCUUGAUCCUAUUGAAGUAGCGGAAGGAGAAGAUUCCGACAGUGACGAGGAUAUGGAUAGUGAUGAGGACGAGUAA